UCCCAAUUCAGUUCCUCUAAGGCACACAUUAUUUGCUUCAACUGGAAACAUUGAUUCACAGCUCAAGAUAAAAUUCCCUCACUGCUCAGACUUCAUGUUUCUGCACAAUGAGGAGCAGAUAUUGUGCAUUUUAUCCAAGGCUCUGGGUCCUGCUAAUAUCAUGGGGAACUAUUGCCCGGAGGUCUGGAACUCCCUGUGCUCGGUGCCCACGCAAUGCCCAUUGUCUCAAUGCCACUUCCUGCUGCUGUGAUCCUGGAUUCACUUCUCUGUCUGGAAAGACCAUCUUUAGCUCUCUCUUGGAAGUCUGCACAGAUAUCAACGAGUGUGGUCCACCAUUAUACGUGUCUUGUGGAAAUUUUGCAGAUUGUCAUAAUGUGGAGGGAAGUUAUUAUUGUGAGUGCAUUUCUGGGUACGAGCUCGUUUCAGGGGGCACCAAAUUCAAAAAUGAGACAAACACUUGUCAAGAUGUGGAUGAGUGCAGCUCAGGACAACACCAAUGCCACAACUCCACCCGCUGCAGGAAUGUGAGGGGCAGCUACAGAUGCUACUGUGAUCAUGACUGGGUGACCAGGUCCAGCCCUCUGAAUGGUCUAAACACCACUGUCUGUGAAGAAGCCCCCUUCUCCUCUUGGACACCACCUUCUGGAGUCAAGAGUCAGAGCCUCACCCGCUUCUUUGACAAAAUUCAGCAGUUAUCUCAAGAUUUCAAGCCAGCCUUGGCUGAGAACACCAUCCAGAACCUCAUGCAGGAGGUGGAUGAGCUGCUGGAGACCCCUGGGGACCUAGAGACCCUGCCCCACUCAGAGCAGCGCUGUGUAGCCACUAACUUGCUCAGUGGCCUGGAAGAUGUUCUGAGAGGGCUGAGCAAGGACCUGUCCAAUGGGCCAUUGACUCUGCAUGCUCCUGCAGGCACAGAACUGUCUCUGAUGGUGCAGGAGGAGCAAGGAGUGGGAGCCGUCACCUUGGGACAGAGCCAGGCAAAGAUGCAGUUGGACUGGAAUGUGGUGCAGAAAUCCAGUGACUUAGGUCCUUCUGUGGUGGGCCUUAUCUCUACACCAGGGAUGGGCAAACUGCUGGCUGAGGCCUCUCUGGUCCUGGAGACACACAAAGGCUUUCUGCAGGGGGUCUCACCCAUCCUGGUCUCAGAUGUCAACUCCGCCUUUCUGAGCAACAAAGACACCGAGGACCUCAGCUCCCCAGUCACUUUCAUCUUCUCCCACCACCCGAUGAUCCCUGGACCCAGGGAGGAGGUGCUGUGUGUCUUCUGGGAUCAUGGUCAGGAUGGAUGUGGUCGCUGGGCCACUAAAGGUUGCAGGAUGGUGGACACCAGAAACACCAGCACCACCUGCCUGUGCACCCACCUCAGCAGCUUUGCUGUCCUCAUGGCCCAGUAUGAAGUGCAGGAGGAGGAUCCCGUCCUGGCUGUAAUCACCCACAUAGGGCUGAGCCUCUCUCUGCUGUGCCUCUUCCUGGCAGCCCUCACCUUCCUGCUGUGCAAAGCCAUCCAGAACACCAGCACCUCCCUCCACUUGCAGCUCUGCAUCUGCCUCUUCCUGGCCCACAUGCUCUUCCUCACGGCCAUUGACAGAACAGAGAUUAAGGUGCUGUGCGCCAUCAUCGCGGGUGCCUUACACUACCUCUACCUGGCCUCCUUCACCUGGAUGCUGCUUGAGGGCCUGCACCUCUUCCUCACUGCACGCAACCUGAUGGUGGUCAACUACUCCAGUGUGAGCAGAUUCAUGAAGAAGUUCAUGUUCCCUGUGGGUUAUGGAGUCCCGGCUGUCAUUGUGGCUAUUUCUGCAGUGUCCCGGCCUCAACUUUAUGGAGCAUCUGCCCGAUGCUGGCUCCAUGCACAACAGGGAUUUGUAUGGACUUUCCUUGGCCCUGUCUGCAUCAUCAUCUCUAUUAACUGGGCUUUCUUUCUGAUGACCAUCUGGAUUCUUAAAAACAAGCUCUCCUCACUCAACAGUGAUGUGUCCACCCUCCAGAACACGAGGAUGCUGACAUUUAAAGCAAUGGCCCAGCUCUUCAUCUUGGGCUGCACGUGGUGUCUGGGAGUCCUGCAGCUGGGCUCAGCUGCCCGUGCCAUGGCCUAUCUCUUCACCAUCAUCAACAGCCUGCAGGGCGUCUUCAUCUUCCUGGUGUACUGUCUCCUCAGCCAGCAGGUCCGGGAACAAUACUGGCAAUGGUUGAAAGGGGCCAGGAAAACAAAAGCAGACUCUGAGAAGUACACCCUCUCCAGCAGGGCUAUGUCAGAUGACCCUAAACACAGUUUGGAAGAAUUAUAACAAACAGCUAAAGUUGAUGAUCUUGACUCCUAGAAUAUGAGGAAAAUUAUGAACUGUAAUACUUUGGGCAAAGUAUAUAGAAAAUAUUUUUUUGUGUUUGUUUCAAGUAACUUUUCUUGGCAUCAUUAUAGGAGGGCAUAUGCAGGAAAUGUUUGACAUUCAGUUGCUGGAAAAUUGGGAUUUUCUGGUCCACACAGCAUGCUCAGCUCACUCCCAUAAUAGUCAGGGAGCUUUGACCCAGUUCCUCAGUUGCCUUAGAUUAAUCCCUCUGCACCAACCAUUCUUCUACAAAGGUGUCCCUCAAGUUGAAGAUAUUUAAUAAGGAAAAUUCAAAUGGCUUUUUAAAAAUAGCAUAAAAGAGAAAAGUAAUGUUCAAAUACCUGCACAUAGGGCAAACAACUAAUCCCAGUUCUUCAAGACUUCCCAGUUUUAGAAUCAAUAGUCCUAUGUCCUAAGAAACACCUGAGUUACAGGCAACUAGCACGGUUGGUCUCCCUACCUGCUUGCCUCAAUUUAUCCACUCUUCAUUUCUAAAGACUUACUAAUUUAUUCACUCAAAAAUUAUAUUUUUAUUACUCACCAUGUGUUGCAUUCAGAUUACAACAGAUCUAAUUUCUGAUUUCACAAAGCUUACAUUAAAAAAACUCAAUAGAGUAAAACCGUUAAUAGAAUACCUACAUCUUUAUAAUUUAUAAUGUAGUCUGUAGUAAAAGGCAUGUAUUGCUACUGCACAUUUUGUAACAUGUAUUUAUACAAAUCAUAUCAUUUCAUCCUCAGAAUGUGAGCUAGGCAAGAUCUAAAUCUAGAGCAGUUACACCUAAAAGAAAUUCCCUAUGGGACCCCAUUGCCCAAAUCUCCACCAAUUGAACAUCAAAAAAAGUACUGUAAAUGAUUACAACAUAUUAAAUAAAAAUGCAUGAUACCUAAAAUAUCAGCCUGUAAAUGUAGAAGAUAUGCCAGAAUAAGAACAAUUAUGAUUUUUUUCAAUAUUCAGUAUGGCCACUAAAAGCAUAGGGUAUAUAACAAACUAAUUAGCCUGGACUCUUCUAAAGGUAUCAUUUUAAAAUGCAAUAUACAGAUGAUGUAUUAUAGAAUUAUACACUUGAAACCUAUAUAAUUUUAUUAAUUAAUUCCACCCAAUAAAUUUAAUUUUUAAAAGUGGCUAGAGGCUGAUCUAGAUUAAAAGAGACAAAAGGGAUAUAAAAUAAAAUUCAAUGUCAAUUUUGGUGAGACUCUGGUUCAUGUAUAUAGUUAAAAACGACAUUUUGGAAACUAUUGGAAUAAUUGGAAUAUGUAUUGUACAUUAGAAGUUAUUAUAAAAUUGUUAAUUUUCUUGAGUAUAAUAAUAGCAUUUUGGUUAUGUAGGAAAUAUCCUUUAAAUGUUUUAAUAUUUGUUGAAGAAUUAUUAAAGUGUCAUAAUGUCACCCAAUGAGCAUAAAUGCUUUAAGAGACAUUGAAAUAAAUAAAGAACAAACUGACAGUAACCAGAGGGGAGGGAGGAGGGGGAUAGUGAGGGGAGAAAGGGGAAGGAUUGUCAAGGAACAUGUAUAAAGGGCACAUGGACAAAGCCAAAUGGGGGUAGGAUCAAGGGUGGGAGGUGGGGAUGGGUCGGGUAGGGCAGAGUGGUGUGAAUAAAAUGGGGACAACUGUGCUUGAACAACAAUAAAAAAAGUAAAAGAAAGUAUGUAUGUAUGUAUAUAAAUUGAGAAAAAUUUUAAUAUGGUAAUAUGUUGAUAAUUGUUGAAUCUAGAUGGAGAAAAUAAAAGUAUUUAUUGUCACCAUUCUUCUAAAUUCUCUCUAUGUUUAAAUAUGGUAAAAUAAAAAGAUGUGCCAAAAAUAAA